UUUGGAUGUGACACUCUGUCCUUUUCCCGCCUGCAGGACAAACUGCUGGACUCCUCCACCGUGACCAACAUGUUCAAACUGACACCUCGCAUCGGCUGUGUGAUGACCGGCCACGGCGCGGACAGUCGCUCCCAGGUUCACCGGGCACGAGUGGAAGCAGGAGAGUGGAAGUAUAAAUUUGGUUAUGACAUCAUGGCAGACGUGUUGUGUCGCAGGUUGGCGGAUAUCUCUCAGGUCUACACACAAAACGCUGAGAUGAGGCCCCUCGGCUGCUGUGAGUGGGCUCAUGAUUUCUGCCUCUUCAUCAAUAACUCACUCUGUGUAGUUCAGGGGUCGGCGACCUUUACUACCAAAAGAAUCUGUCUGGAGCCGCAAAACAUAUUUGAGAUUUAAAAUGAAGGCAACACAACACAGUAAGCUUAUCAAUAUUAU